AUCCUCAUCCAAUUAAGAGAGGGGGGAGGGCAAUAGGAGCUUUUCCCCAAGUCUCCACCCCCCUAUUCAGUUGCUAACUGCCAGGCAAACAGCGCUCAGCAUGGAGAAAUGCAGCAGCAAAAUGCUUUGAAAAAAAGAAUCCUGCGGCUCCCUUCCUGUCCCUUCAGCCCCUGUGAAACCCAAAUUGCCAACGGGAACCAUGGAAAGCGCCAGUCAGUCCUAACAUAGAACCCAGAGAUGCUGCAGACAGAAGGGAGAGACACCGGUAGGAAAAUGCCGUCCCAGUGGUCCCGUGACAACAGCGCUGAGAGCAAAGUUCCACAUACGCGAAUGGACGAUGAAGCUGCCAUACAGCAAAUCUACACGUUUGGGAAAAAAUUGGGCCAAGGAAGCUUCGGGGUUGUGAUUGAAGCCACCCACAAGGAAACCAACACCAAAUGGGCUAUGAAAAAAGUAAAUCGAGAAAAGGCUGGCAGUUCAGCAGUGAAGCUCCUGGAGAGAGAAGUUUCAAUUCUGAAGGGAGUUAAGCAUGAACACAUCAUUCACCUGGAGGAAGUAUUUGAAACUCCCAAGCGCAUGUAUCUGGUAACCGAGCUCUGCGAAGGGGGAGAACUCAGAGAAAUUCUGCACCGGAAAAAACAUCUCUCCGAAGCAGAAACCAGACAUGUCAUACGCAGCCUCGGCUGUGCCAUAGCCUACCUGCACAAGAAAGGAAUCGUACACAGGGAUUUAAAGCUGGAGAAUAUUUUAGUGAAGAGCAUUGAUGGGGCAGACAAUAAGGAAAUGAUCCUGAAUAUAAAGGUGACGGAUUUCGGCUUAUCGGUGCAGAAAGGGGGUGUUGGCAGUGAAAAUAUGUUACAGUCCACCUGCGGGACCCCUAUAUACAUGGCCCCAGAAGUUAUCAACGAUCAUGAUUAUAGCCAUCAGUGUGACAUCUGGAGCACGGGGGUCAUCAUGUACAUGCUGUUAUCCGGGAAUCCGCCCUUUAUGGGCAGCUCUGAGGAGAAGCUCUUUGAGCACAUAAAGAGGGGGGAGCUGAACUUUUCGGACACCGUGUGGCAGAGCAUUAGCGAUGCCGCAAAAGAUGUGUUACAGCGCCUCUUGAAGGUGGACCCGGCACACAGGAUCACUGCGAAUGAACUGCUCGACAAUCCUUGGAUCACGGGUGAGACCACCCUUGUUCAGAGACCAACCAACGUCUUGGAGUUGAUGAAUGAGUGGAAGAACCUUGACGCAGAUGAGCUCAAUCGCUUGGAUGAGAAUUCGAAUGGCUUGUUUUUAGUUCACCUCCCUGACAUCCCCUCGGCGGAAGAAAGGGCCAGUCCUGCUAGUAGUAACGGGACCUCUGAAUUGGGUCUGGACACUGAGACAGAUAGCAGUAGCAGCAAGCCGUCCACUCCAACAAAUCAGGUAAACAAGAAAAAAGCUGUUUCUUCUUCUCUAACCAGCAGAACCAUUAAAAAGAAAAGUUCCACUCUCAAGCCUGCCAACUCUCCCUCAACAAAUGGAACCAUAUCGCCAUGCUCUAAUCCAAGAAGGACCCCAGAAAACCAAGAGAACCCAGUAGGAUCUCUCUCCCGGUCAUUCAGACGAGCAUCAGGCAGUGGGAAAAAUGAGUCUGGCAAAAUGAAUGUAUCCACAAACAAAGUACUGGGCCCGAAGCUGACCCCCAGAGUUUCCCCGACCCCCAGAACUGUUGGAAUAAAGAAGGCUUCCUAGUGAAAAAGCCUUGCACGCCAGCUCACAUGUGGGAUUUGUAUUUGUGCCAAAACAAAGAGGAUUGGACAGGGGAAGGAUCCCCUAGAUAUUCCCCGUAAACUUCUCAGCUAAGUGUUAACCAAUGACUUAAAUAUUCCUACUGAAACCAUUGUUUGGGCACAGAACUUCCAAAAGCAUGUUGCAAGGGUGGUCUUGUUCUGUGAUCAGUAUAGGACUAGGGUGGUGGGGACAUAGUGCCAACAAAUCCUGUUCUUUCUCGAUGCAUUCCCAUUUUCUCUACUGUUUUGUAUCUCCCUUCUCCUGUAAUUUGUCGCUCUACUCCCUAACCCCCUUUCCCUUCUCUCUUUUUGUCUCUCAUCCCCUCUCCUUUCCUUUUCUAUUCUCCCCCAACUAUUUGGCUUUACUCUCCCCCAUCAUCCCUCUUCUCUCCCAUACAGUUGUUGACUAUCCUACUGGUUCCCCAGGGUGGUGGACCCUCCCAAAUAAGUAGAAGAUGGGCCCCAAAUAGAAACCCAAUCAGAAUAUAACACACCUGCCCAUGACCAAACUUAUCUGUACCCCACAAGCUCCAAGUCUAUUUCUUUGUGGUUUCUGCCCUUGGUCAUCAUGUAUGUGGGGUCUAGUUAGGAGCACAAGGGUCAAUGACACUAAUACUAGUAGUUUAAUGCCUGACCAAGGUUGAUGGACUUGUCUUUUUUCAGCCUUAACUACUACAUUUUUCUACAAGUGCACAAGUAACGGCCCCUGGUCGUGCAAUACAUUAUCUGAAACGGGUGACUGACCUUCUGCCUGUCCAUGUGCCUUCCAG